GUGUAGUUUACUGGUUAGUCCGACUAUCUUAGUCGUCGUGUACUUGUGUUUCUCUUGUUCUUUUACUACUGUCACUGGUUAAUAGUUAUAAUUUAGUUUUGGUACCUAUUAUAUUUGUAAAAGUUGUAUGAUAUCUACUUAUAAAAUCAUGACGUUAUUGAAAUGGGCUAUAUUGCCGUUAACGGUUUUCACGAUUUUUGUGGUGUACAGCCAAGCAUCAGAAGACCCACAGAAGAAAGGACCUAAGGUCACUGACAUUGUGUGGUUUGACAUCAAAAUGGGUUCAAGUGAACCUCAACGUGUGGAAAUCGGAGUAUUUGGUGCAACUGUACCUAAAACUGCAAAGAAUUUUAUUGAACUAGCAAAAAAACCAGAAGGUGAAGGAUACAAGGGCAGUAAAUUCCAUAGAGUUAUCAAAGACUUCAUGAUCCAAGGAGGUGAUUUUACAAAAGGUGACGGCACAGGUGGUCGUAGUAUUUUUGGUGAAAAGUUUGCAGAUGAAAACUUUAAGCUGAAACAUUAUGGAGCUGGUUGGUUGUCUAUGGCCAAUGCUGGAAAAGAUACCAAUGGAUCUCAAUUUUUCAUUACCACUAAACAAACUUCCUGGUUGGACGGUCGCCAUGUUGUGUUUGGAAAAAUAAUCAAAGGAAUGAAAACAAUUAGAGCAGCUGAAUCAGCAGAAACUGAUUCCAGAGACAAACCAGUUGAUAAUAUAGUAAUUGUCGAUAGUGGACACACCGUCGUUCCUGAGCCAUACCCAGUCAGCAAAACUGAUGCUACUGAAUAAUUAUUUUUACUAAUUUAUAUUUUUUUUAAUUCGACCUAUUGUUAUAAUAAUGUUUAAAUAGGCCCUCAAUAGUAAAGUAAAUAAUUGUUAUUUAUAUGGAACUGAAAAGCAAUCACCUACUUAUUAAUUAAAAAUUUAUGUUUUUAUGUUAAAUUCCAUUUUUGUGAACAUACCUUAUAGAUCAUAACACGAACAAAACUAAAAUAUUUUUUGUAUCAACCUAUAAUUCAUUUCAAUGUGGUAAUUUUUUUUUUUAUUUAACAAAUUUUGUAUGUAAUAUUAUAUUAUAAUAUGUAAUUAAAUGUCCAUGUAUCUUUAUAAGUAUAAAAUGAACAAAUUGUUUAUAUUUCAAUAAAAAAAAAAUAACUAAACUUUA